UUUUUUUUACACGCCCCUCUCACUCUGACGCAAAGUUAGAUAGACUCUGCGCGCUUUGGUUCAAUCGGGCUAGACCUAUCCAGACCUGGUUGACUGAUUUUCCGACGCACUUAACAAUGCAGACCGAGCCACAAAAGUUUGAAAAGUUAUCUUUGCGCACGGGGCUGACGGUGAGGGGUCUCUGGAGUGACAGCAGCAUGGAUCAGGCUACAAGUGUUGGUUUCUCUGCGCCCCUGUGGAAAGUCAUUUGAAGAGAGAGGAGACAUGAACAGCCUCGCUGCGGUGCCAAAGGAGAUCAUCUAGUUUUUCCAUAUUGGAUUUAGUACGAGCUCUGAGGGUUUACAACUGGAGUAUCGGAUCAGGUUAUAUCAUUUCUGUGACACUUUCAAUAAUAUCUACUUUUUUUUUUGUUUCGUACAACUCUUGGAUAUUCACCCACACUGCGGAGUCCCUUUUGGAGACGUUGGAUCUGAAUUACGCACGGGAUUCCCCUAACAAAUGACAGCUUCUAAGUGCUUUGUUGCUCCCUCACUUCAUCCCCUCGGCUCCCUGUAUCACCGCACCGACCCACCGUAUCACUCCCCUCACCAGGUUAGGUAGACACGGAGGAGUGAAAGCCUCUCUGUCUGUUUCAGUGCGCCCAGCGUGCGGCCGCGGUCCACCUGGCCGAGGAUGUGGGGAGGAGGUCUCCCGAUGUAUGUCACCUUGAUUGUGACUCUACUCCUGGUCAUUAUCGACGUGAAAGCCAGCGGGGAGUAUUGCCACGGCUCGCACGAUUCCCAGGGCGUGUGGAGAGACGGGUUUCAGUGCCCGGAAAAGAUCGACAGUGAGGACGCGAUCAUCUGCUGCGGGAAAUGUGAGCUGCGCUUCUGCUGCCCCAGCACGGAAUCACGGCUGGAUCAGGGCAGCUGCGAUAACGACCGGCAGGCUCAGGAGCCCGGGACAGACAGCAAGGAGAACAAGGACUCUGGUGCAGUUCCCAUCUAUGUGCCGUUCCUGAUCGUGGGCUCUGUGUUUGUAGCUUUCAUCCUGGUGGGCUCUGUGGUUGCCGUGUGCUGCUGCCGUUGCCUUCGGCCCAAGCAGGAACUGUCAUCAGCAGGAGCGUCAGGAGGUGGUGCCGGCAGUGGUCGCCUCUUGGAAACCAUCCCUAUGAUGUCCAGUGCGGGGACCUCAAGAGGUUCAUCGUCCCGCCAGUCUAGCACUGCCACCUCGUCCAGCUCCUCUGCUCCGCCUGCUGCACCCCGCCCCGCUCCCCCUGCCCUCAUGCGGGCUCAAGCCUCCUGCUGCCUACCCCCUGAUGCCAGCGUCUUCGUCAACAUGCCCACUAACUUCUCCGUGCUCAACUGCCAGCAGGCCACGCAAAUCAUGCCUCACCAGGGACAGUUUCUGCACCCGCAGUACAUUGGUUACGCCCACCCCGUGUCUCCUGCCACAGCCUUUCUGGACCCCACUCAGGGAGGUUACAGACCCCUCCAGUCCCCCUGCCCUCCUCCCACCGGUGGGUCCAGUAUCACCAGUGACCAGAAAUACCCUCCAGUGACUGUGUGAUGAGGGGCCAACUUGCAGACCACUCUGCCACUUUGUUUUGAAGUUUAACCUGUGAGGGCUGUGCCAGAGACCUUUAUGGGAGGGGGUGCUGCCAGAGUGGAAAAAAGAAAGGCAGGGAGUCAGACUCACAUGAAGGACUCAUAAAGCCAUUGAGGCAGCAGGGCCUGCCCUGCUAUUGUGUGUGGUGUGUCUGUUUAGUGUGUCAUAUGAUCUCUUGGCAAGUUUAAGUGAGCUAAGCUCAGCCUAUAGCCUAUAGGCGUCAUAAAAGAUGGGGGUAAGAUGGACGCAUAAAUAAGUUUCUGUCUUGAUGCGAAGACAAAACUGCAUAUCGGAGGGUUAAACAGCCCAGAUGGGUGAUAAUGCACAGCUCACUGUAGCCUGCAGCUCAAAAAAAAAGACUGUGCAUGUGUUUGUGUUCGCAUGUAUGCGUAUGCGAGAGAGCGAGAGAAAGAUUUGUUGGCUUAUACGUGCUGGAAUGAGUGACGACUGGAUGAUUUAUAGCAGCGAACUGUAAGAAAAGUGGAUAUUCGAGCAAAAAAAAACAAAAAACUAUGACCACAUGCUGUGUUUAUGCCAUGUGCACAUCUGCACUUGUGAAUGGUUGUGAGUGGUUUAUACAACACGGUAUAUAUUUGUUUGUGUUGAAAGUGUGUCGGGGAGAGAAAGCAUGUGAAAAGAUGUUUGUACUGUUCGUGUGUGAGUUAGUGCGACGUGUGGAGGGAUGUGGAUGUAUGAGUAACAGUGAGUGAGCUGCGUGUAAUGGGAAAUGCAGGUGGCGUGAUGUGAAAGGCAGUCGCAAUCUCCCUCUAGACCAUUUAAACUCUAAUGAAGUGAACACAGGACAUAGACUGUGACGCUCCACCCUUCUAUACAACCCCCCCUCCUGCCACCCAAAAAAGAAAAAACACAUUAAAAAAAAUAAAUCCCCAACUGCCCUGGCUGGAAACACACACACACACACACACACAAAUCCAAAAGAAAAAUUUAAAUAUUCACGCAAGGCUGGCAGUUAAUGUACCUAAAAAGUGUGAGUGUGUGACAGAGAGCGAGCGAAAGGCAGUUCUCUGAAGAUUACCAAGUUAAUUAUACAGCGAAAACUCAGCCAACAGCCCCCUUCACGUCUCUCCUGUGAGAGGUGUGUGUGUGUGUGUGUGUGUGUGUAACACUCAUUCAGUUCAGUGCCUCAGCGGAGGGCACGGGCAGCUUUGACUCAUUAUUUUCCACUUCCAUUUCAAACAGCAGUUAUUGGUUGUUAAUCUAAAAAAAAAAAAAAAAAAAAAAAAAAAAGUUACUUUUUUUUUUCUCUGUGUACUGUUGUGCAGCUGAGUCACUGGUAACUCAGUAACAUACAACAAGAGGAAUGUGCUGCUCCACUGAGCGUGGAGUCCGUGAUAUCCCAUAGUUGAAACCGGUAUGUUUGUGUACCUCAUCUGUACUCCGAGCAUAAUGUCAUGAUAAGAUACAGUCGGCAGCUUGUGUGUGACGAAAUAAUCUGUAAAGUUAUGUAUGAAAAUUGGUCCAAUUUGAUGCAGGAGUGACUUUUUUCAUAUAAAUGCUAAAAAAAUAAUAAAAAUAAACGUUUCAACAGAAA